GUGGUGGUGGUACGGACCAUGGCCAAAUACCACUUCUUUAUUCUCUUUGGAAAACAUUAAGUCUUAUCACGAUGUAGAUAAAUAACUAUCGACUCCUGGGUUUAAUUUACCAUUCAAAUUCCAUAACGGCUUACAAGUUACAGUAUUUAUUAUUUUGCUAUCAUAGCAUGAUCCUAUUUCAUAAUUCAGUAAUUCAAUAUUUAUUAUUUUCAUAUUACAUGACAAUUUGCCAAAGUAAAUUUAUUUUAUCAUCGUCUAUUUAACUCAUAGGUCUGCGAAAAAUUGAACAUUUGAACCUCAGUUAAUAAAAAACAGUCAAUCUGUCUAAAAGGCGACUUGAAAUUUUGUUUGUUUCACUUUGUCUCUCACAUUGGACAGUUUGUAUUUUUGUAAAUCUUCAAUUAUAUUCUUAAAAUGGCUGUGAUUGAAGAAAAACAUGAAAACGGAUUCAAAAAUGAAGUUGUUCAACACAUAGAAAAAACAAUGAAAGACAUUUAUUCCAAACGACUUUCAAGUCCUCAGUGGAAAAUAAGUGAUUUUGAAAUUGGAACACCUCUUGGUCGUGGAAAAUUUGGUCGUGUGUAUCUUGCAAGGGAAAAAAAUACCGAAUAUAUGGUUGCUUUAAAAAUGAUGUUUAAAUCAGAAUUAGUAAAAGAUCACAUGGAACAUCAAGUGCGACGAGAAAUUGAAAUUCAAACACAUCUUAGUCAUCCCAACAUUUUAAAAUUGUUGACUUAUUUUUGGGACGAAAAGAAAAUAUAUUUAAUUUUAGAAUUUGCCCAAGAAGGUGAAUUAUUUAAAGUAUUGAACGCUCAGCCACAUAAACGUUUUGAUGAACCAACAGCUGCAUACUAUUUAAGACAAGUAGCUGAAGCUUUAAGGUAUUGCCAUUCACAAAGUGUUAUUCACAGGGAUAUAAAACCAGAAAAUCUUCUAUUGUUUAGUCACCAUGUUAUUAAGUUGGCAGAUUUUGGAUGGUCUGUCCAUGCACCAUCCAAAAGUCGAAACACCAUGUGUGGCACUAUUGAUUAUUUACCACCUGAGAUGGUUGACUCUCAAACAUAUAACGAAUAUGUUGAUAAUUGGUGCUUAGGAGUGCUAUGUUAUGAAUUUUUAUGUGGUGCCCCACCUUUUGAGAGCUCAGAACAGGCAGAGACUUUUAGAAAAAUUCGUGCUGUGAUGUAUGGUUUCAAACCUCAUAUGAGUGAGGGCUCUAGACAUUUAAUUUCAAAGCUUUUGCUUAAAGUUCCAAAGUCUAGAUUAUCACUAACUGAUGUCAUUGGACAUCCCUGGAUUAAAAAAAAUUGUGAAAAAUUUACCAAGACUAAACUAUAAUUAAAAUAGUUCUAUUGAUUAUCUAAUACUAAAGAACUUUCAACAUAAA